GCGUGCAUCUCACAGGCUUCCGCAGGCCAAGGACUUGAAAGGUGACAUGGGAAAAGACGAGUUCAACAAGUACGUCUUGGAAUGUUUGCCCUUGCUUUCUCCCGAAGACUUUGCCGACAUUUGGGUUGGCAUUCCCCGUGAGCUUCGGGCAGUAGCAUGGCGCCCCCCACCGGGCAUCAUUGUGGACAUUGAUUCUUUGAAGGGCGUUGACCGCAUCCAGAUGUGUUCCAAAUUGAAUGCCUUGAGACGGGAGAGAUGCAUCCAGCUGGCUUCUCCAAGGCAGCAGUCACACUUUGAGGACGAGAAUUGGACCAUCACUCCCAUGUCGAGGCUUUGUUGUUCACGUUUUUGGGAGUGUUUUCGUUUGCUGCCGCUGACUACCACGAAUGAAUCCAAGUGGACGGCAACUGUGAAGUACCUUUCCAAAUGCCCAGAGAAAGCCGAUUCCUCGGAUACCUCACGGCACAUUGAUGCCAGCACUCGUGCCUCGGAUUCACUUGGUGAAGCUGUUGCUCCUGACCGUGUGCCGGGGCCCAAGUUGGCAACUCCAAAGAAAGGCCUGGCAGGAUUAUCUGCUUUGGCUGAUGCUACUCCACUGAAAGCUGGAUUGGACGCCCCUCCGGCCGACCGUAACAGUGAGGAGUUCGCAACUUGGGUUUCUGCUAGGAUUCAGGCUGAUGUGGAUGGUUUAUCUUUGGAUUCAUUAGAGGUGAAGCAUGCAAACCGAUUUCCUUGCAAGUUGAAGCCCAGUGCUGCUUUGAAGACCCUUCCUCCUUUGGACGUCAUGAGCCCCAUUUACCAGCACACAUUUCAGUUCUACUUGCGCAAGUUCAAGGCUUUGCUGACGGAUGUGAGCCUCGGAUCGGCCCCAGCUAAGUCCUUGAAGCGCUUAUGCGAUGCAUUGAACUUGGAGGUGCGGGGCAAAGACAGUCAAGUUUCAGAAGUGCUCGCCCGAUUGCGGGCCACAGACAUGGUACAAUGUCCCCCGUGUUGGGGUGAAUGUGAGGACCAGGAGCACAUAGCUUCGGCUUGUGGCGCUGCCCUGUGCUUGCUUGCACUGUUGCGAUUUUGGUUCCUGGGACUCACUAAGGGAAAGAUGGAAGCUGAGGAGAUUAUACUUCGACAUCGUUUUCCUGGCUGUGGACUGUGUGCUUUGGCUGCUUGGAGGUUGUCGAGGUCAGCUUGGGUGUAUGUAGUGCAGCGUGUCACCAACAACGAGUCAGGGUGGCGCCGAGCACGGGCCUUGCGCAUGUUGCGUCGGAUUGCUGGCAUUCGAAGAGACUUGCCAUCCCCCAUCGCUGUCAUUUCUUGUGACAUUCCCUGGGUUGGGUCGCAGCAAGCUCGCAAUUUGGCCGUGCACGCGGUGCGUUCUUUGGUGGCCUCAUGGCGCAGGGCGGGUCAUUGGUUACCUACUUUGAGGCAUGCGCGGAUUCGUUUCCGGUGGGCAACUACGCCCUCUCUUGGUAGCGUUCUUUGCAGCCGUGACUUCUUUGCAGACUUUGCAAUGGUGAGGCCGCCUUGUGUUUGUCGGGAGUUCCUGCUGGCAGACCCCACCUGGCCCACGGUGACCGUGGAUGGUCAAGUGCACAUUGCUGCAUCCCAGGCUCGGAUUCCAUGGCCACGGCACUUGCGGAAGUUCAGAGAAUUACCAGCCAACUUGCGUUUGCCACCGAGGCGGCAGCAGAUCGCAGUUGCUGUGAAGCAAAUGCUUCGUCGACUGCGGGACCGUUGCAAGCUGGCGGAUGAGCCAUGUUGGGUCGAAUCCGUUGUUGCCGAUUUGACUGCAGCUUUGCAAGGGCUAGCUGCUCAGCACUCUACCAGAUUUCCUGUUUCGUGGCUGGAGAUUUCACUGGCCCGGGAAUUCCUCAGGCCUUUCUUCACGCAGGUCUUUGACCACAACCUGUCCCGUAUUGGUGUGUUUUGUCCUGCCCUAGUACACGUCCAAGCUUGUGCAGCUCUUGAUCUUGGUGAUCAUGGCACGGGGCUGGAUUUUGCUUGGGAAGCUGAUACGCGGAGGGCUGAAGUGAUGGCUACCAUGGCAAAGAUUGAGGGCCUCCCGCCGCACUUGCAACCAACGCGGCUGUCCUUGGUACCAGCCAGAUCUUGGUCUAUCGGAACUCCCGUUUUUCUUCCAAAGUGGAAGGGUCCAGGAGUGAAGUGGCGCCUGAUAGUGAACAAGCACCACGCGCCGGCUUGGUCCGAUUUUCCAUCAGCCAAUGCCUUCUUGGGCAUGGUCUCGGACUUCAACGCUCUUGUGAAGAGCAUGUUCAUGGAGCCGCGUGGGUGGAUUGCAGCGAUGGACAUGGUUGAUUGUUUCCACCACCUUCCUUGCUCCGAAGCGCCGUCUAUUUGGGAUGCUCUUUCUGCCUUUUGGAGCGCCCGACAUGUGGCUUACAUCAGUGUGCCUUUACGAAGGGGCGGUGGUGCUGGUCUCCUUGGUCUGGUCUGUGACGCUGGCUGGGUUUGCUUUUCCUUUGCAGAGAUUCGGGAGGUGUUGAUGCACUUUACCUUGACCAACUUUGUGGCUCUGCCCGGCCUCCUCGGGCGUGAGCUGCGUGGGGCUCCAAUGGGCGAUGCUUUGAGUGGGGCAGUGCUGCGGCUCUUCAAGUGGAGUAGGGAGGCUGCGCAACUACCUGUUGAGGAGGCAGACACUGUUUGUUUCCGCAGGUCCUGCUCCCAGCUGGUCCAUCUCUGUGGUUGCAACAUGUUGGUCCUUGACGUCAGUUUCCGGGACGACUUGCGCAUGUUUUGCGUGUGGGACGGGCAAGCCAUAAUUGAUAGGGAAAGGGUGGCGCAAUGGGCUAUCUCCAGGCUGCGCACACGAUACCACUACGGCACCAUGAGCUUGGAAGAGUGUGAUUUUCGGACAUUCAUUGGUCUGCGGGCCUUUUUGUUGGUGACCAGAGAUUGGAUCCUUCGCCGGGUGUCCGCAAAGGAUGCCCGUGCAGUACAGUGCGUAAGACUUGAGGUGGAGAGGGCAUUGCGGCGAUUGCGUUAA